AUGGCUCCCCAGCGAGGCCCAACCCUUGGCCGCGCUCUCGUGGCGCUUCUGAGUCUCUCUGGCGCGUAUGCUCGUAGUGCAAAAUGCCAGCCUCGCGCUGUGGGCGACCCGCAGCUCCUUAACCCGGACGAGGUCGAAGACGAGUACGACUACAUCAUUGUCGGCGGCGGGACGGCGGGAUUGACCGUCGCGGAUCGUCUGACGGAGAGCGGGGAGUAUACCGUUCUGGUGAUUGAGUGGGGUCCUACGAUAACAGCACCUCGGUCAGGACCAUUGCCGGCGGCGCAGACCAACCUCAACAACCGUACCACGGCCGUCAUCGGAGGUCUCAUGCUCGGCGGCAGCUCCGGCGUCAACGGCCUCCAGGCGUGGCGGUUCCAUCCUCCCAACGAGGACACGGCCGAAGCGCUCGACAUCAAGUAUGAUGAGAGCUACUGGGGCAACACUUCGGACGUUCACGCCUCCUUCCCUACGUUCAACUGGCCGGGCUUGAGACUCGAGAUGGAAGCCUUUUCCGAGAUCGAAGGUGUCGAGUUCCCUCCCGACUCCGGCGCCGGAUCACCCGGCGUAUACUGGUACCCCACGUCGGCCGACCCCAGCACAAUGACCCGCUCCUUCUCCCGCACCGGCCACUUUGACGGAAUCGCGCGCGAGAACUACAACGUGCUCACCGACCACAGGGUCCUAAACGUGCUAUUCGACGAGGACAGCGCCUCCGGGGUGAGGUACGUCGCCAAGGGAGCCAAGAACGACACCGACGCCCGGUCCGUCAGCGCCAGGAAGGAGGUCAUUCUUGCGGCGGGCACGAUCCACACGCCGCAGAUUCUGCAAGGCAGCGGCAUCGGGGCCGAGGCGCUGCUCGAGUCCGCGGGUAUCGAGCUCAAGGUCGAUCUUCCCGGCGUCGGCUGGAAUUUCCAGGACCAUCCCCUGGGCGGGGUGCUUCCUUUGACGAAAAGAAAACCCUUGGAUUCUGACGGAUUGUCGUGCCGAAUUCGCCGAGUCUCUCUCCGGACCCCUGACCAUCGCCUCCGGAAACGCCGCCUGCUUCCUCCCCUCCCCGUCAUCGCGCCCGAGGCAUUCGAAGACAUCGCAUCCCGCUUCGAGGCGCAAGAUCCCGCGGCGUACCUCCCCGCCGACAGCCCCGAGCCCAUCGGCGCCCUCGUGUACCUGCACCCGGCGUCCCGCGGGACCGUGUACGUCAACCCGGAGAACCCGUACUUUGCCGAGCCCGUGGUCGACUACCGCGCCAUGAGCAACCCCGCCGACGUGGACAUCGAGGUCGAGUUCGUCAAGUUUACCCGCCGGUACUGGACCGAGACCAGCCUGAGCGAGUACGGCCCCGUGGAGACGCGGCCGGGCGAGGACGUGCGCGAGGACGAGGACCUGAGGGCGUACGUGAGGGCCAACGUCAGCCCGUCUACUUUUCACCCCGUCGGCACGUCGGCCAUGCUGCCGAGGGAGCUGGGUGGCGUCGUUGACCAGGCUUUGCUCGUGUACGGCGUGAGCAAGCUCAGCGUCGUGGAUGCUAGUGUCAUGCCUGACCUGCCGGGAGCCUAUACGCAGCAGUCGGCGUUUGCCGUUGCCGAAAAGGCGGCGGACUUGAUCAAGGCGCGAGCUUAA